UUGAUUGAAUGUCAAGAACAUGACUGUUGUGCUUAUUUUGCAUACGCGUAAUAUUAUAUGCGGUGCAUAAUUAUGGUUUAGAGAGGAGCAACGCUGUUUUAAUAAAUUAAAUUUGGCUAGCAUUGCAUGUGUUCCUCAUAAGUGUAGCUAAAACAGGAUUGCAAAUGUCAAUAUGUCAGGAUCUCGGCCUUAACUUCCAACAGAGAAUGGGCGCAAACAUAUCGCAAUUGGAGAGAGAUAUAGGAUCAGAGCAGUUUCCGCCGAACGAACAUUAUUUUGGUUUAGUUAAUUUUGGCAACACUUGCUAUAGUAAUUCAGUGCUUCAAGCUUUAUACUUCUGCCGUCCAUUCAGAGAGAAGGUUCUAGAAUACAAAGCUAAAAACAAGAGGACCAAGGAGACGUUGCUAACAUGUCUGGCGGAUUUGUUUUAUAGUAUUGCAACACAGAAGAAAAAAGUUGGUUCCAUUGCGCCCAAGAAAUUUAUAGCUAGAUUAAGAAAAGAGAAAGAAGAGUUUGAUAAUUAUAUGCAACAGGAUGCCCAUGAGUUCCUCAACUUCCUCAUUAAUCAUAUAAAUGAAAUUAUUUUAGCGGAACGCAAUCAGAGCACGUUAAAACUGCAAAAGACGUCCGGCUCCGGCGAGAGCGUGACGUGCAAUGGCUCGGUGCCGCAGAGCGCUGAGCCCACGUGGGUGCACGAGAUAUUCCAGGGUACCCUCACUAGCGAGACCAGGUGUCUCAACUGCGAAACCGUCAGCAGUAAGGAUGAACACUUCUUUGAUUUACAGGUGGACGUAGAUCAGAACACCAGUAUUACGCACUGCCUCAAGUGUUUCAGCGACACAGAAACGCUGUGUAACGACAACAAAUUCAAAUGCGACAACUGUAGCAGCUACCAAGAGGCGCAGAAACGUAUGCGAGUGAAGAAACUACCGCUAAUACUGGCUUUGCACUUGAAACGGUUCAAAUAUAUGGAACAGUACAAUAGGCAUAUUAAAGUGUCCCAUAGGGUCGUUUUUCCGCUGGAGUUGAGGCUUUUUAAUACGUCGGACGACGCAGUGAACCCCGACCGUCUGUACGAUCUCGUAGCGGUGGUGGUGCACUGCGGGUCGGGGCCCAACCGGGGACACUACAUCAGCAUUGUGAAGAGCCACGGCUUCUGGCUGCUGUUCGAUGACGAUAUGGUCGAUAAAAUCGACGCGUCCGCGAUUGAAGACUUCUACGGCCUAACAUCGGAUAUACAGAAAUCAUCAGAAACUGGAUAUAUUUUAUUUUAUCAGUCUAGAGAUGCUAGUUGUUAAGUUUUCACUAAAUAUAGUAUAAAUUAUUUAACAUAGGCACUCAAUCAUGUUGAUAUGCCCAGUUUGUUAACGUUGGAGCGGCAUAUUUAUUGUUUAUUUGUCUUUAUUUAGAUUUCAUCCAUUUGUAAAUAUAAUUCAUUUAAAAAUAAAAAGAAGUGAUUUUA